CCCUUGUUAACCACCAGAGCCCAGGUGCUACCCCCUGGGGGCCCAGCCUUCUAAUCAUGCAUCCAGACUGUGUAUCUAAGAGAACUGGCAUCAUCUUCUCAAUCCAUGGCUUCGUCCAAAACUCGUGCCACAUCCUACAAGUCCGCCGUCGACAGAGCCACUCACCUCGCUCGUGCACUCGACCACCCUCCAGACGGGACCAUGCCUGAUCCGGCAGAAUAUACCUUGAACCAGAACGGCAUUCCGCCUUACGAGUCAUUGCCUCUGCGCAAGUCCGACCCUUUCGUCGCUGCAUGGGGCUUGUACGGAAAAGACGAUGAGCUGGGUACACUGAACCGUCUCACUCCGGCGCGGGUCGUGGCUGCUGCCAGGGAGAUUCAGUCUGGAAACCGGGUCGGGCUAGACUGGGCCUUGAGCGGCAAUCUCAUUAGCAACAAGCCUUUCUACUCACGACAGGGUUUCAAGCUCGAUGUCGUCCGUCACCUGGCUGGGUGCGGUAACGAUGAUGUAUGGACGUUCAACCCCCAGGCCUCGACGCAGUGGGAUGGGCUUCGCCAUGUCGGGUUUGCCAAGGAGCAGCUCUUUUACAAUGGAGUCAAUAUGGAUCAGAUUCACGAGGCGGAUAGCAAGGGUCACAAGUCAACAGUUAAUGGUGUUCAUGCAUGGGCCAAGAAAGGCAUCGUAGGUCGUGGAGUUCUUGUAGAUUACCACAACUGGCGUAUCAAGAACCACAAAUGGCCCGACUUUGAUGCCUUCGGAACUUGCCGCAUCCCGGUGUCGGACCUUCAAGAAUGCCUGGCAGACCACGGCACAGAGAUUCAUUUUGGAGACAUUCUCUUUGUGCGUACCGGUUUCAUGCAUGCCAUGGCCAGCAAGACUGUCGAGGAGCUUAAGGACAUACAAAACCGUCGAUACGAGGAUGUCAAGUUUUGCGGUGUCGAUACCACAUCGGAGUUGCUCAAGUGGAUAUGGGAGAACUUCUCAGCUGUGGCUGGCGAUCAGCCUGCCUUUGAAGCCUGGCCUUUCAAAGGGCCCGAGUCUUUGCAUACGGCGUGUCUGGCGUCGUGGGGUUGUCCAAUAGGUGAGCUCUUCGACCUCGAGGCGCUUGCGCAGCAAUGUCAGGAGGAAAAUCGAUGGAGCUUUUUUCUCACCAGCGAGCCGUGUAAUGUACCCGGCGCCGUUGCAACCCCGCCGAAUGCACUCGCCAUCUUCUAGUGCACUGGUUGUUGAUUCAACCUCGCGCCUUUUUGAACACGAUUGAGGCUCAACUUAUCAUUCCCAGUGGCUUUUACGGAAUAGAGCCGUCUUGAUAUAUGCUAAGGUGCACUAUGCUAU